ACCACGCGUCGAUUCCAAGCUCGAGUGCCAGCGCCAGCCAAGUGAGCCAAGCCAGCUUCUUUCUCGUUUCUUUUCGAAGAACGUACACACUCGACAUUUCAGCGAGUUCCACGUUUCGUGUCGUGACGACUUAAAAAAUGCGUUACGUGGCCGCUUACCUUUUGGCUGCCCUUGGUGGCAAAGCAUCACCCACCCAGACUGACAUUGAAAAGAUCCUGUCGUCAGUUGGUAUCGAAGCAGAUUCUGAAAAGCUCUCCAAAGUCAUCGCUGAGCUCAAUGGCAAAUCCAUUGAAGAUCUGAUCACACAAGGUCGCGAAAAGCUGUCGUCGAUGCCAGUGGGUGGUGCAGCUCCAGCUGCAGCUGCUGCUGCUGGUGGUGCCGCUGCUCCUGCAGAGGUCCAAAAAGAAGAGGAGAAGUCUGCCAAGGAAGACUCCGAUUCCGAGGAUGAUAACUUGGGUUUCGGUCUUUUUGACUAAAAAAGAACGUGCCUGAGCUUCUUCGUCGAGGGGGAGAAUAAAAAUCACUUUAUUCACCAUCUGAGACUCUGACGUUAGGCAGCGUUAUCAAUUAAACAUGUAAUGCUUGUUUGUUAUGGUCCCAAUUGACGAAUAAACAAUUUUUCAUUUUUGCCCUAUAA